AUGGGUGACCACAUUGAGACAACGACCUCAAAAGUUGCGGAACCAAGGGAUGCUUCGAGCGAGGCCCCAUUGAAGAAGGGCACAGAUAAACAGACGCUCAUCGACCGUACCGUCGACUCACUUCUCACACCACCAAAGUCCAUUUAUGAUGAUUAUCCAAUCAAGCUUGUCGACAGAUACAUAGAUGAGCCGCGAGAGCUACGAGUUGCCGUGAUUGGAGCAGGUCUCUCUGGUGUUCUUGCCGGAAUUCUCCUCCCUGCAAAGGUUCCUGGCAUCAAGCUUUCGAUUUACGAGAAGAACGCGGACGUGGGCGGCACAUGGUUCGAAAAUAUCUACCCAGGCGUCCGUUGUGACGUACCAGCCCACGUCUAUCAAUCAACCUUUGAAUCCAAUACCCAAUGGACGGAGGAAUUCGCUCAGGGCGCCGAGAUCCGCGACUACUGGCAAGGCCUGGCGCGAAAGUAUGACGUUUAUAAGCACCUUCAGCUCUCCCAACGAGUUGAAGGCCUGAAUUGGGUAGAUUCGCGCGCAAUCUGGCAAAUCACCAUCCGCGACCUUGCCACGGACGCGAUUCGCAUCGAAGAGGCUGAUUUCGUCCUCACAGCCAUCGGCCGCUUCAAUGCCUGGAAGCUGCCGGACUACCCCGGCCUGAAAGACUUCAAGGGAGUCCUCAGACACGCUUCAAACUGGGACCCUAGCUUUGAUCCAAGAGAGAAGAAGGUCGCGGUGAUUGGCAACGGAGCCAGCGGCAUCCAACUCACGUCAAAUCUCCACAAGGUCGUCUCGCGUCUGGACCACUACGCGCGGAACAAGACGUGGGUGACGGCCUCCUUCGCGGGCGACGAGACCUCCAUCGAACCCAUCGUCAUCCCCGAGGACCUUAGAGAGACCUUUCGCAAGGACCCAGAGGCCUACCUCAAAUACCGCAAGGAGCUGGAGAGCAAGUAUUUCCGCCACUUCACUGGGUGGCUCAAGGGCUCGAGCGAAAACGACGAGGCGCGCGAAAAGUUCCGCAAGUUCAUGAACGACCGGCUCGUCAAGAAACCAGAGCUCGUCGACGCUCUCAUCCCAGACUUCUCGCCGCACUGCCGUCGUCUGACGCCCGGACCGGGCUACUUUGAGGCAGUCACCUCCGACAAGACAGAGUACAUCCAGACGCGCAUUCAGCGAAUCACAGAGACGGGCAUCGAGACGGAAGACGGCAAGCAUCGCGAGGUAGACGCAAUCUUCUGCGCGACGGGCGCCAACGUCGACAUGGCGCCGCCAUUCCCCAUCACAGCCAAAGGCCAGGACCUCCGCGAGCUCUGGCGGCCCGACGGACCCUACACCUACUUCGGCUCCGCCACGCCCGGAUUCCCCAACCUGCUCUUCGUCCACGGGCCCAACGGGUCGGGGCGCUCCGGCACGGUCCCGCACAACGUCGAGAACCAGAUUGUGUAUUUUGCGCGCAUCCUCCGCAAGGCCAGCCGCGAGGGCAUCAAGACGAUCCAGCCGACCAAGAGGGCCGCGGAUAACUUUACGCAAUACUCGGACGCCUUCUUCGCGACGACGGUCUUGUCGGAGAACUGCAGCUCCUGGUACAACAGCGGCAAAGCCGGCUCGAGGAUCCACGGCCUGUGGCCUGGGUCUGCGACGCUGGCGACGAUUGUGCAGCGGGAGCCGCGGUGGGAGGACUUUGAGUAUGAGUAUGUCGGGGACUCGGAGAAUCCCUUUUUGUGGUACUUUGGACUUGGAUGCACGAAGAAGGAGCUGGACCCGGAGGCUGACGUGACGCCUUACUUGAAAGCUGAAAGUGUUGAUGUGAAAGACGUUCAUGAGAGCUGGUGGAGCGUGCCUUAG